AUGGGUGGUUCGACGAUAUGUUUCUCAGCUGCGUUCCGCUGUGCCAGAUUAGCCAUGGCGAUUUGGUACACCAUGCUGAUAUUGAGUCUACUUGAACCAGCUGCCCGCGCUGCAAAUCUGACUUCUCACGUGGAUUUAUUCUUGGGAUCCCAAAGUGGCGGCAAUGAUUUCCCCGGGGUUGCUCGUCCGUUUGGGGUGGUGAAGCUAGGACCCGAUUUAUAUGUCUCCGGAACAGACUCAUAUUCCGGGUAUUUGCCCAAUGGCAAUUUCUCGGGGUUCAGUAUGAUGCAUGAGCAGGGCACAGGAGGCGCGCCUAAGUAUGGCACUGUCUCCCAGUUGCCUUUGAUUGGGAACAUCAGCAAUCCGCUGUCCAACAUAACUAUCGGCCGUUCAGGUGCAGAUGAGGCAUCAGUGGGCUACUAUAAGGCGAAGACCGCCGAAGGAACAGUCGUGGAGCUGAGCGCAACCGCUCAUGCAGGAAUCUAUCAAUAUACUUUUCCGAGUGGCUCGGAUGGUAAUGUCUUGGUUGACGUUUCGCAUGUCCUACCGUCGUAUCGGGGAAUGGGACUCAGCCAGGGAUACAAAGGUGGUAAUAUCACUAUCUUUCCCGACGGGCAUUAUGAGGGCCAUGGUGUGUACGACAACGGCUGGAACCGUUCUCCCGAUUGGUCUAUCUACUUUUGUGGCCAUUUCGAUGCCUCGCCCAUCAGCAACCAGACCUAUGUUGGAACCGAUGCGGGCGGAAGCGUCGAGCAAAGUAGCGGUUUCGCAUCGUCUUCUUCAGGUUCAACGCGAGUUGGGGGUCUCUUUACCUUCAAAGACUCUGUAGUUACAUCUCGUGUGGGCAUCUCGUGGAUCUCCACGGAGAAGGCCUGUAAGAAUGUUGAAGACGAGAUACCGGAAGACAAGGAAUUCCAGUCGGUCGUGGACGACGCUCAGUCCGAGUGGGAAACGACAGUUUUGUCGAAAGUCGCCACAACCAACACGAAUGACACGACGCUCACGCUAUUAUAUACUUCUCUCUAUUUCAUGCACCUGCUUCCCACCAACCAAACCGGAGAAAACCCCCAAUGGACAUCCCAGGAACCUUACUAUGAGGACAUCUUCACUUACUGGGAUCUUUUCCGCUGCUCUACCGCUCUCAUGCAGGUGUUGCAACCCACCGCAUAUGAGGAGCAGAUCCGGUCGCUUAUUGAUAUCUGGCGAUUCGAGGGCUAUAUGCCGGAUGCGCGGUCCUCUAACUACAAUGGUCGUACACAGGGCGGCUCGAAUGCGGACAAUAUUCUGGCCGAUGCCUAUGUCAAGGGCGUGCGCGGUGCGAUAAAUUGGGAAGAUGGUUACAAGGCCAUGGUGAAAGACGCAGAAGUGACGCCUCCCAACGAUCCAGUCGAUCCCCAAGCUCCCGAUUCCUCGACAAAAGAAGGCAGAGGCGCAUUGCCAGACUGGCUAAGUUUGGGCUACAUCACCCCCAGAUUUACCCGUGCUGUCACGCGAGCAGUGGAAUAUUCAUGCAAUGACUUUGGGUUAUAUCAGGUAGCAUCGGGUCUUGGGAAGACUGCCGAUGCGGAGAAAUACCUGAACCGUUCCAGAAACUGGAGAAACCAUUGGAAUGCCAACCAGACAUCGCUAGGAUUCUCUGGAUUUGUCGUUCCUCGCAAUGAGUCUGGUUUCAUCGAGACUGAUCCACUGAAUGACAGUGGCUAUUGGGGAGACCCUUACUACGAAGCCAGUUCGUGGGCCUAUUCUUGGGCGAGUAUCCAUGACAUGAAAACGUUGAUUGAUAGAAUGGGCGGGAAUCAAACCGUUCUCGACCGGCUUAACACCAUGUUUACUGAAGGAGCCAGCGGUUCCAGCGGUAUUAUCUUUGAUCCCACAAACGAACCGAUGUUCAACGUCCCUUAUCUUUACCACUAUAUCGACCGGCAAGAUUUGUCUGUCUUCCGAUCGCGUGAUAUUGCCAAAUCCUAUUAUGGUACUGGCGUAUCCGGCCUCCCCGGCAACAGUGAUGCUGGAGCUAUGCAGACUUGGAUAUUGUGGAAUAUGAUCGGGCUAUACCCUGUGACAGGGCAGUCGACAUUUUUGAUCCACUCUCCAUGGUUUGACUCGCUGGUCAUUGACCUUGGGGGUGGUAAGAAACUGAAUGUCACUUCGAGUGGCGGUGAUGGAAACGGAGGCGGUAAUAUCUAUGUGCAAAGUCUUCGCUUGAACGGAAAAGACUGGAAGAAGAACUGGUUAACAUGGGACGACAUCUUUGCCCAAGGAGGGACACUAGACUUCGAGCUGGGAGCGACCGCAAGUGACUGGUUCACGGGGGAGCUACCACCAAGCCCGGCUUCCUAGAGAAAAGUCGCGCAUGCACAGGUUUCCGCUUCAGCCUGUAUGUAUUCCACUUAAUGAUACCGAUGAACAUAUCCGCCAGUAUCCGGGAAGGCUCCACCUUAGACAUGCUCUUAGCCAUAGCAGCUCAGGGGACAUUUACUGAGAUGAGGAUAUUCGAGGCUCCAUAAUCAAGGGGGAGGUGUUGUAGUGUCUGUGCAUCCCCGUAAAACCUGAAACCGCUGGAGAUGUACUCCAUAGGUCAUUAGACGUCGAAACAGGCUUUUCUGGCCCUCAGUCAGUAGGCAAUAACAGUAAACCCAUGUUGACGAUCGCGUUGAUCGUUAUUUCGAUGACUGUGUUCUCAAAAGGUAGCGGGACAAGACGGAAGAGGUACGAGCCAUUUGUGCUCGUGAAAGUGGGUUGGGCACGACUGAGGUGGAUGAGUGCCAUAAGGUACUGCGAGUAC